AUGAGCUCAUCUCUCUACCUCUCGAGUGAUAACUCGGGGGCUUCGACUCCUUCGUUUGGGCGACAGUUUUCGCUGCCUUUCCGCCCCAGCCCUGCGCGAUCGGAAACCUGCUCGCCCGUGACUCCCGAUGAGUCUUCAGGUCCCCCGAGCUCCGAGAUCCUCCGAGUCCAGCCUUACCUUAAGUAUCCCGGCUUCAGCCUCCCCGACAUCAUCAUACACAACAAGAAUAAGGGCUUUGUCGUUGUCCUGCGCACCAACCGAGACCUACUUAAACCUGGCUGCCCCGGCCUUGCGAUGGCCCCCGAGCAUAUGCGAAACUAUGUCUCGCUUCAGGUCGAGGCUAUGUUCUGUGCCGCCGUCGGAGUUCUUUACGCCAAUGAGGGCAUGAAGCCGACGAAGCCCAAGAUGUGGCAGAAAGUCCAGCACGUCCUCGCCGACCGGAACGUGACCUGGCGUUCGCAGGUCUCCUGCAAGAACAUCUACGACCUGGUCAACACUUACUCGGAGUCGCGGGCGCGGUAUCUGAGCAACGCUGGGACCCUGACGGCGUCGCCCUCGGUCGACCGGCAGUACGGACGACUGCUGAGGACAGUCGACCGCUGGAUUGCCUUGUCUAAGGACAGGUCUUCCGUGACGGACAUCCUGCGCUUCAAGAACAAGAUGAAAUGGCUUGCGAACCACAGGAUCAGCAAGACACAUCUGAGACACGAGCACGCGAAGCAUCAUGGCCGGAUGCCUACGCCGGCGAGUUCGGACGUGAUGGAGACUGACGAAUAG